AUGGCUUCCAACCUGUCAGUACUGAUCUCGCAAUUGAACGAGACGCUGUAUUCACUGGACUUGACAGACUUGGCAAACCAUUGGAUUAAUUCCUCGAGCGAGUAUUACAACGUGCAAAAGGCCCGGGGCACGAUAUUUCCGAUACAGAUUUCGCUAUCGUUGCUACUCGGCCUGGCCCCGAUAAUUUUGGUUCUGGCGCGGAAGACACGCAGACGGGUCGAGAAACCGAGUAAGUUUGAGGUCCCAGUCCCCGAUGAGGCAAAGCCUAAUUGGAAAGGCAAAAGGCUUACACCUGCAGACAUUUAUCAGCCAGAAGACCCAGCACAUAUCUACUGCUACUGUCCCGCAACGUCUCAAUUUCUGGGCAAAUUUCCUGCCCACACGAAACAAGAUAUAGAUGAUGCUGUGGAGAAGGCUAAGAAUGCACAGAUAAGUUUCUAUUCCGACCGCGAGUUUGGGGUGAAACGGCGCAAAGUGCUGAGAACCCUGUGCGAGUUCAUCCUGCGCAACCAAGAGACCAUUGCGCGGGUCGCAUGCAGGGACUCGGGGAAAACAAUGGUAGACGCGUCCAUGGGCGAAAUCAUGGUCACUCUCGAGAAGAUCAACUGGAUUCUGGCCAACGGAGAACGUGCAUUGCAACCGUCUAGCAGACCGGGCAGUUCCAACCUGUUCAUGAAGUACAAAAAAGCAGAAGUUCGCUACGAGCCACUGGGUGUUGUUGGAGCGCUUGUUUCGUGGAAUUAUCCGUUCCACAAUUUGCUGGGUCCUAUAGUUGCUGCCAUUUUCACCGGUAAUGCCAUUCUGGUGAAAUGCAGCGAGCGAGUCCGCUGGUCAUCCGAGUACUAUAUUUCUGUGGUUAAGGCGGCUCUCAAAGUGUGUGGCGUGGACGAGAACCUGGUCCAGCUCGUGUGUGUGUGGGGAAAGGACGGAGAUUUGUUUUCUGGCCAUCCUGGACUUUCGCAUCUUACAUUUAUUGGGUCCAGGCCGGUUGCUCAAAAGGUUGUGGCUAAAGCCGGCGAGGCGCUUACGCCCGUGGUAGUGGAGCUGGGUGGCAAGGAUGCGGUGGUCAUUUGCGAGGAUUAUCUCAGAAACAAGGGGGUUGAUAAAAUAGCGUCCAUUUUAAUGAGAGGAACGUUCCAAAGUGCGGGCCAGAACUGUAUCGGGAUAGAGCGGGUGAUUGUGGCGGGUGACUCAAAGUACUACGAAAAACUGGUGGAAACGUUAUCAAAUAAGGUGGCCAAGCUACGCAUUGGCUCGGAUAUCGACCAGAGCGAGGAGAUCGACAUGGGAGCCAUGAUUAUGGGUGGACCCAAAUUUGACGAGCUUGAGCAGUGGAUAUUGGAAGCGGUUGACAGAGGAGCCCGGCUGCUACAGGGAGGGAAACGCUAUGUGCACCCCAACUACCCACAGGGCCAUUAUUUCAUGCCCACUCUGAUCGUGGAUGUUGAUCCGGGGUGCACACUAGCCACAAACGAGGUGUUUGGUCCUGUUUUGACAGUUUUGCGAGCCACUUCCGACGACGAGGCUGUGGAGCUGGCGAACUCCACCAGCUACGGGCUCGGAUCGUCUGUCUUCAGCACAGACUUCGGCCACGCCGAGGAGCUUACAAAACGUCUCAAGGUCGGAAACGUGGCGAUCAACGACUUUGCCACGUUCUACGUGUGCCAGCUUCCUUUCGGCGGUGUCAAGGGUUCUGGAUACGGCAAAUUCGGUGGCGAGGAGGGACUACGGGGCCUCUGUAACGAGAAGUCCGUGUGCUACGACCGCACGAGCCUGAUUUCCACUACCAUCCCAAGUGUGGUUGACUAUCCGAUUGCCAACGGUAAAAAAGCUUGGAAAUUUGUUGCGGCCCUCAACCAGGGCGGAUACGACCACAGCUGGUGGCAGAAGUGCAAGGCCAUCUGGACUCUGGCCACAAGCUGA